CUCCCGCCCCCCCAUCCCCGUUCUUCAAUGAAAAGUUAGCUUGGUGAGGGGGAAAGACCAUGAAAGGGAAAAGCUGGAGGAUACUUUUACGGGUUGUUUGUUUGGGAUAGUACGUUAUCUGUGGUUUGUGCGCAUGAGUCUGAUAAAGAGAAGAUUGAAGAAUAAGCGUAGGGAAAGUCCAAUGCUAUAAUACUGUCCAACUGUUUGACUGGCCCCGCUCGUGCAGUCGCUGAGAUUGAGCGCGAGCUAACAUAAGUUAGCUGGACGGCUAUCGGACAAGGAGGAGGGGGACAAACCGGGAGAAAGGUCGACACAGAGCGCCGUCAUCAAACUUAGUAGCAUGUCGCCCUCGGAAAGUAACUCAAGCUUUGGAUGAGUUUCCGUGGCGCCUCGAUCGCAGAGAGUUUGGGACUCGACGGUGGGUUGUGAUGUUUGUACCAGCGCGGGGCUCCGGUGGAGGCGCGACGGCGGUGCCCCGGAGUUGGCCGCAUACUCUUGCGUGGAAACUUGGGGGCUUAUUUCUCCUCCUGUUUCUCGAGGGGGCCCGAUGCCUCACCAACCCCAACAAUGUGCCAGGCAUAAACAACAACAAUAGACCGAACGUGAACGUGUUCAUGAGCGAGGAAGAGGUGAAGAAACUUCUGGGUCUUGAUGCCGAGCUAUACUAUGUGAGGGAUGAUGUGGUGAAUCUUUAUGCCCUGUCCUUCAUUCUGCCUGUGCCCAGUGAUACCAACAGCCUGCAUUUCACUUGGCAUUCCAGCAGCAAGGUGGAUUACAGGUUGGGGUUUCAGGUAGAAAACAUAUCAGCCAUGGAUCAACCACAGAGCAACAUCUCUGCCCAGGGAGAGGUCCCUCGCAGCCGCUCGGUAUUUAGAGUGGACCUGUUCUGUUCUGGUAAGGCCGAUGGAGAGGCUGUGUUAACAGUGCAGUUGAACCUGACUACGCCAGCCAACAACUUUACAGUGCUCAACUUCAAACGCAGGAAAAUGUGUUACCGAAGAAUUGAGCAGCCAGAGCCCCCUAAAACUUUGCCCUUCCCAAACACAACCAUACAAAGAAUCGACCCAAGCAGUUCGAAUGCUCCUACCACAUCCACACGUGUUUUCUACAUCAGUGUCUGUGUGUGCUGCAUCGUCAUUUUCCUGGUGGCCAUCAUCCUUGCUGUGUUACACCUGCACAGCAUGAAAAGAGUGGAAAUGGAUGACAGCGUUAGUGACAGUGGAAGCUCCCAGGGACUGUCUCAGCCUUCCACCCAGACCACCCAGUACCUGAGGGCAGACACCCCCAACAACGCUACACCUGUCACCAAUGCUCAAACUGGCUCUGCUCCCAUGCUCCAGCUUGCAGGCGCCUCCUUCCCUCACCCCGGCGCUCCCUCGCACGAAACCAAAAGUUACCCCUCUCUGCGGAUAGAGAAGAAUGACUUAAGGAGCGUAUCACUCCUUGAGGCCAAGGCGAAAGUCAAAGACAUUGCCAUCUCCCGAGAGAGAGUAACACUCAGAGACGUCUUGCAUGAAGGGACGUUUGGCCGCAUAUUCCACGGAGUCUUGCUUGAUGACAAGGACCCGAGCAAAGAGAAACAAGUCUUUGUGAAAGCAGUGAAAGAUCAUGCUUCAGAGGUUCAGGUGACCAUGAUGCUCACAGAAAGCUGUAAACUACGGGGACUUCACCACAGGAACCUGCUUCCCAUCAGUCAUGUCUGUAUAGAAGAUGGUGAGAAGCCCAUGGUGCUGCUGCCAUACAUGAACUGGGGAAACCUGAAGCUUUUCCUGCGCCAGUGCAAACUUGCAGAGGCCAACAACCCACAGGCCAUCUCUCAGCAAGACCUGGUGCACAUGGCAAUACAGAUUUCAUGCGGGAUGAGCUACCUGGCACGGAGAGAGGUCAUUCACAAAGACCUGGCUGCCAGAAAUUGUGUAAUUGAUAACAGCAUGCAAGUAAAGAUCACAGACAAUGCACUCGCCCGCGAUCUCUUUCCCAUGGAUUACCACUGCCUCGGGGACAAUGAAAACAGACCUGUUCGCUGGAUGGCUUUGGAGAGUUUGCUCAACAAUGACUUCUCUAGUGCCAGUGAUGUGUGGGCUUUCGGAGUAACUCUUUGGGAGCUGAUGACCCUUGGACAAACUCCGUAUGUUGACAUCGACCCCUUCGAGAUGGCCGCUUAUUUAAAAGAUGGUUACAGAAUAGCUCAACCCAUCAACUGCCCCGAUGAACUGUUUGCAGUCAUGGCAUGUUGCUGGGCCUUGGAUCCAGAAGAAAGACCAAAAUUCCAACAGCUUGUCCAGUGCCUCACCGAGUUUCAUGCAGCUUUGGGGGCCUAUGUCUAAUCUCUCACCCAAGGCUUCUCACUACAAACCAGCAGCGAUGUUGAACAGCACUAUUCCAGAGUUACUGCAGUGCCUUACUUCAUCUAGCCAUUUUGUAAACUGUUUCUUAUUUCACGUGAUAUAAAAUGUGACUUUGUUUGGGAGGUGUAAACUGACAUCUUCUGUAUGUCACAGCUGAAUGAAAUAUCAAGGACUCUUUCCCACGCAUCAUCCAAUUAUACACAACUGUACAAAAUGCUGAUAUUAGGAUGUCUACAGGAAGCUGCAGUUCUCUUUGUUUCACAAAGAAACUUUUUACAUUUUUCUCACAAUUGAAACAAGAAAAAGUGCCCUAUUGCUGAAUAUUGCUGUCGAAGACUUGUGUAUGUGUAGAUACAUUUUCAAAGUUUGAAGUGGGAGGAGUUUUAUCUCCACUGCAUUUAUAUUUUAAGACAAUUUAGGUAUCUCCACUGCAUUAGAUCAAACUGGACAUGACAAUUGGUACGCUAAGUAGGCUCUCUAAGAAAUGGACUGAAAAACGAAUUUUCUUUUCUCCAUACAAUCACACAAAUGGUGGAGCCUUACUGCUGGCCAUAAGCUUUAUCUUCCUAAAUUAUGAGAUGGCAGCAGAGGUGUGGACCAGCGUGUUGUUGCCAUCCUGCAAGUCAAACUGGACUUUGGUACGGGGUUUAUGAAAUUCCUAAAACUUUUGAUGUUUGACUGUUCUGUGUCAGAACAAUGCCUUCCUUCUAUGUUUAAACUGUGUGAGUACAUGGAAAAGUAAAGAAAGUCACUGUGAAUAUUUGAAGUGUACAGCCUAAGCACCAUUUUUAAGAAAUGUUUUGUUAAGAAUCUAUAGGCUCUUUAUUCUAUCCUUGUGAUCACUGCAUGUUGAUUUUUUUAAAGGGUUUUGUAACCUUUACUUAAUUCAUACCAUACCAAUUAAAUGAAGCCUUAAAAAAGGGGA